GAUUGCAUGACUUGUAAAAUCGCCUAUUUGGGGACCUGCAGUGGUGUUUGACUGGAUAUUGCUGCCUGGUUCUGAAUGAUGUCAGAACAGGAUUUGGUAGAUGUUGUUCAGAUUGCUGUGGAAGACUUGACUCCAGAUAACCCAGCUGUAUUGGCGAAUCAUGAAGUGACAGAUGGUGAUGUAGAACCUUCUCUGAAACGUCAGCGGAUAGAAAUUAACUGCCAGGAUCCCUCUAUUAAGUCGUUCCUCUAUUCCAUUAAUCAGACAAUAUGUCUGCGGUUGGAUAGCAUUGAGGCGAAGUUGCUGGCACUAGAGGCUACCUGUAAAUCAUUGGAAGAGAAGUUGGAUCUUGUCAUGAACAAACAGCAUAGCCCCAUCCAAGUCCCCAUGGUGGCAGGUUCUCCUCUUGGCGCUACACAGACGUGCAAUAAAGUACGAUGUGUUGUCCCUCAAACCACAGUAAUACUGAACAACGACCGGCAGAAUUCCAUCGUAGCCAAGAUGGUUGGGCAGGAAGAGCCAUUGAGCAGGACAGCGGAUUCUCUGGAAAAUAUCCUUAGCAAUGCUGUUCCUGGACGUAGGCAGAACACCAUAGUGGUGAAAGUUCCAGGGCACGACGACAGUCACAAUGAAGAUGGAGAGAGUGGCUCUGAGGCCAGCGACUCAGUUUCCAACAGUGGACAAUUAGGAAGCCAAAGUAUUGGGAACAACGUCACGCUUAUUACACUGAACUCUGAAG